AGGUCAGGUCCCAACCUGGGCUGCUACGAAGGACUUAGCCUACAUCGGGCAAACACUAUACCAGGUGUGAUGCAGGUUUCCCCCUGAGGUGUGGCUUUCAACACAAGCCUCUUUUUCAAACCAAUUCAGUCCCUGUGGGAGGAUACUUUAUGUACAUCUGACUUCUUCCUGUCCCCACAGCCAAUGGGAUAUGAUUUCAGGGAUUGUGUACAGCAUGGGUUUUCUUUCACCUUGCAGAUGGUCCUCACCCCGACACUGCUAAUGCUCUCAUCUGCAAAACUGCUCUGUGACACAUCAAGGACUACAUAGACGAUUAUCAGUAUUAAAGAUAAGUCAGAGCUGGUAUGCAAGGGGACUUACCUUUCCUAUAUGGCAUGAAGAGUAACCAUCUGUCCAGUGUCAAAGGUUCACAUUUGGGUGUUAAUGAUGUCCAGAAUCAAAAGAAAUAAGUGCACACUAAAACGGAGGUUGAUUCUCUGGGUUUUAAUGACCAACAUAAUGCUGGUGCUGUACUGCUUGAUGAACUCAACCCAAGUCAAGAUCAGGGACUCCCAACAAGACACGUGUCCUUUGAGCAUAUCAAAAUUGAAAGAAAAUGUGAGUAAGCCUUCUCAAAGGAGAGAAGAGUGCUCCCCCAUUGUAGACAUCAUGUUUAUGAAGACCCAUAAAACUGCCAGUAGCACUAUACUCAACAUCCUCUUUAGAUUUGGAGAAAAACACAAUCUUAAAUUUGCCCUACCUGAUGGGCGUAAUGAUUUCUUCUACCCAUCGCCUUUCCUGUGCUCCCAGGUGAAAGACUACAGGCCUGGAGAGUGUUUCAACAUUAUUUGUAAUCACAUGCGCUUUGACCAUCAAGAAGUAGCCAAGCUCCUGCCUCCAGAUGCUCUGUACAUCACCAUCUUACGUGACCCAGUGGAUCUCUUUGAGUCGUCCUUCAACUAUUAUCACAGAGCAGUUCCUCUCACAUGGAGGAUCAAUGGCGAGAACCAACUGACAGAGUUUCUAAACAGUCCCGAAACCUUCUACAGCCCACAGGCUUUUAACUCAUUCUACCUGAAAAAUCUGCUCUUUUUUGACUUUGGUUUUGACAACAACCUGGAAGCUGAUGAUCCUCGUGUCAUGAGGGGUAUUCACGACUUAUCAAAACGUUUUGAUUUGGUUCUCAUAGCAGAGUAUUUUGAGGAGUCUCUUAUCCUGCUUAAGGACACGCUGUGUUGGACUACGGAAGACAUCCUGUAUUUUAAAGUCAAUGCUCGCAGGAGCUCAUCUGUAUCUCAUCUGACCCCUGAGUUGAGAGCCAAAGCUUUACAAUGGAACGGGGCUGACUGGAAACUCUAUCAGCACUUUAAUGCUACCUUCUGGGCCAGAGUAGAGGUGUAUGGGAGAGAAAGAAUGAAGCAGGAGGUAAAUGAGCUGAGGAGAAGAAAUACUGAAAUGAAAGCUAUCUGCGUCGAGGAUGGAGAUGCGGUUGAAGCCCAAAAGAUUCAGGACAGACGUUUCCUACCCUGGCAGCCAGUUGGAGAGUCUUCCAUCCUGGGGUACAACAUGAAGAAAAAUGUUCAUCCAACAUUUAGGACACUUUGUAAAAAAAUGCUCACGCCUGAAAUACAAUAUUUGUCAGAUCUGGGCGUAAACCUGUGGCUUACUAGACUAUGGGGUUGGUUAAAAGAUUUGACUUGGAUUAAAAAUAUUUACAAUUAAAUUAUAACAACUUGCAACACAAUUGUUGUUUUCCUUUUGUUUAGGAAAAUCUUUCAGUUUUCUUCUGAAUAAUGCAUCCAUAAUGUUCAUUCAGAUUUGUCUCCUAGAAUCUGUAUUCAGAUUUGGCUUUACAUUUAGGAAUGUUUACCACUCCCAAGUAGGCCUUCAGAUGGGUCACAGUUAGCUAACAUACCACUACUCAACAUCUGUUGGCUUUUAAUUGCUUCAUAUAGUUGUACACUACAUAAAAACACAGUGUUUAUACUCUUUAUAAAAAAAAAGGUUCAUGCUUAAAGUGUGAACAAUAAGACUCCUUUAUGUUGUUGCCUCUAAAUUAGUAAAAUUCAGCAGUUGAUG